UACUAUUGUUGUGUUUUGACAGGUAUGUUGACAGUUCCCAUUGCUGAGGUGACGUGGCCCAUGAUAUUGGUCUUGGUGUCGCUGCUGUCCGCCGCGAUCGGCGCCCUAUUCAUGGUCGUCUUCCUACACCUAAAACUGCGACUUUCUGGACGCACAGCGCCGUCACGGCCAGAUUGUCUGGUGUCGUUCGAUCCGCCCUCGGAUAGGGUUCAUCACCAUCACCACCAUCAGCAGUUGCACCACCAUCAGCGGCAGAUCGCUCAGAUAACGGCGGGGGACCACCAUCACUUGAACCACCUGAACCAUUUGAACCACCUGAACAGCCUUAACAACCUGAACAACCGGCGCGCCGGACCGAUCGUCCGACGGUCCGGCGGCCCGGACGGUACCGCUUCGAAGCACACCGGACCGGGACGGCCGUCGGGUGGCGGUGCACGUAACGGCAGCGGCGGUGGUAUCGGCGGCGGCGGCGGCGGCGGCGGCGGCGGCGGUGGUGGCAGCGGCGGCGGCGGCGGCGGCAACGGCGGCGAUGACGGUGGCGUCGUCGGCGUCGGGCAACUGUCCGUGAACCCGGGCGAUUGGUUCCGGUGGUUCCGGCGGAAACGCGGCGCCGUGCUGCCGCCGGACGCCGUGUCGUCCAAUCAGAACGCGGUGCGCGCCAACCAUUACACGGUGGAGGAAGCGGCGGCCGCCAUACCGGUCGUGGUGUACGCGUCCGUCAUCGGCGGCCAAGAAGACGGGUCGCAUCAACCGCCGUCCAUCGUCGACGACGUGCUAUACACCGAACUGGACCGGGUGCCGACGCCUGCUUACCACAACGCCGGUUACGCUUUCGACCAGCACAGCAGCGCAUACUACUCGGACAUGUACGAACCAAUCGAUCCCUAUCACCAUCACCACCACCACCAUCAGAGGCAGAACUCACUGCCGUCCGAUUACGUCUGAUGUACGCCGACGCCUGCCGCAGCACCCGAUCACCGUCGAGGCCGCCACCAUCACCCACCACCACCGUCGCCGUCGUCGCGGCCAAUCACCACUGUCCAACGCCGCUUCGGACGCGGCGACAGUCCCGUAUGCAUAUUUUAAACAGAACGAAUCGUAUACUACGCACAUCGUUUGAAAAUAUUAUUAUUUUACGGUCGACCGUCCCCGUUCACCUUCUCUAGACGCACAGCCCCGGCGAACUGCACCGCGACGUUAUUACCUCGACACCGCGGUACCGUCUGUGAAACAGAAGAGAAGCCGGGGGUAAACAAACGUUUACGACGAUCCGAUCGCGUUCGGUUUCCCUUCCGCGCAGACGGGCGCGCACCGCGAUCGCAGUGUAUCAUCCGUAUUAUAAUACAAUAUUAUCGUCGUCAAUCAAUCGCGGCCAUCAUUAUAUGUUCACGGCGGAUCUACAGGCGAAGAGCGCUCGGUCUCACGCGCGCACAUGCGCCUGCACGCACUACAUCAAAUCGACGCACAGUGCAAGGCAGGCAAUAUCAUCGGUAAAAAUCACUUGUCGGACACCCCACGAUUAUCAUUAUUAUUAUUUUAAUUAUUAUUUAGUGCAAAUCUUAAGUUAUUAUUAUUUUUUACGUUUAAGUGUAAU